AGAAAAUGAGGUCGACUUGCCAGCGGAAGUUGUAGACGCCACAUGCAGCUGCAGCAUUGAGUUGUCUGUUCCAGCCCAGAGUCCUGUUGAGUAUCAACUGGCUGUAGACCCUUCAGCAAUAUGACCAGUGUGGAACAGGUGUCAGCAGUAGGACAGGUUCUGACAGACUCGGGACUGGAUCUAACACGGCGGUUCAGAGCCUUAUUCACCUUGAGGAACUUGGGAGGUGCUGAAGCUAUAGAAUGGAUCAGUAAGGCCUUCACUGACGAGUCGGCCCUGUUGAAGCAUGAGCUGGCUUACUGCCUGGGACAGAUGCAGGACAAACGGGCCAUACCCACUUUGAUUGCAGUACUCAAAGAUACACAGCAGGAACCAAUGGUCAGGCAUGAAGCAGGGGAGGCUCUGGGAGCAAUUGGUGAUCCUGUGGUUCUGGACCUGCUGAAGGAGUACAGUCAGGAUCCUGUCAUAGAGGUUGCAGAGACGUGUCAGCUGGCUGUUCGUCGGCUGGAGUGGCUGCAGAGUGGAGGCGAGAGGCAGCUGAAUGAUGGAAACACGGAUAAGAACCCCUACUGCUCAGUAGACCCAGCUCCUCCAGCAGUGAGGAAGAGUGUGUCGGAGCUGCGCACUAUCUUGUUGGAUGAAAGUCUGCCGCUCUUUGAACGCUACCGUGCCAUGUUUGCCCUGCGGAACCUGGGCAAUGAGGAGGCUGUGCUGGCACUGGGAGAAGGCCUGCAGUGCUCUAGUGCUCUGUUCCGUCACGAGAUUGGCUAUGUCCUGGGUCAGAUGCAGCACCCGGCCGCAGUCCCAGCCCUGCGCGCAGCUCUGGAGCGUUCCAGUGAGAACCCCAUGGUCCGACACGAGGCGGCAGAGGCUCUCGGGUCCAUCGGCAAAGAGGAGUGUCUGACUGUGCUGCAGCAAUACCGUGGAGAUGGAGAACGUGUCGUCAAGGAGAGCUGUGAGGUCGCUCUGGAUAUGCUGGAGUAUGAAAACAGUGAUCAGUUCCAGUAUGCAGAUGGACUCGUCAGGUUACAGGGUUAAAGGUCUAUGUUCCCGCUUCACUGAAAUCGCUUUUUUAACGCAUUUACUCCUCUCUGUACUAUAUAAUAUCUUAUACAGCAGAGGUGCCAGGACAACUCAGUGCAUCAGUAAAACUAUUGGGUCCUCUAGGAUCAAGCUCCACAGUAUGAAAGAUACUUGGCGCUUAAAACCAAAAAAUGAAACUGUAAAGCAUGGUGUGGGUGUUGCUGUGUGGGGGGGACAGAAAGGAAAAGUGUCCCCUGUGUUGUUUCCCCCUUCAAGAUGCAACUGCACACAUCUUCACUGCUGUCAUUUGGAGUUUUGUGGAAACUACAGCACCUCCACUAUGCUCACACUCCCUGGUCAGCUUUGGGCUGAAGGUUGAAAGCCUGUGGGAUUGAUGUGAUGAUUUUAAGGGACAGUCUGACAGAAUGGAAAUGAGACAGGGCUAUAUGACUUGUUUUGAGUUUAUGGCAUUGGUUGUGAUCCAGGCUGCACUACGUGGUGUUAGGUCAUUUUGCUAUAGCCUCAUAUAGCCAGACCUACCGCCACACUCUGUGUUAGCGCCAUGCCAUCGCUGGAUAUAGGUCUGGCUGAACCCCAUCAUAAUUCUACAAUAAGGAAAAAAACACAGAGUUGUUUGUAUGUUUUUUUUAAAAAACCAAUCACAAUCACCCGGGGCGGCGCUAAGCACAGGAUGCAACGAUGGUGCCUUUGCAACAUAGGGAGCUUCCGUCUGAAAUAGGCAGCCAGUGGCAGACUUGUACACACAGGCUACAUCCUGUGAGCCAGACUAAUUUUGCUAUAAGAAAUUAUAUAAGAUCUAUCAGUCUCUCUGUUGUAGAGUUACAGUAUGGUGGGGAAUACACAUCCUUCAUUGAAGGGAUAAAAGAAAUUGUGAAAUAAAACCUCAUUCUCUCAUGCUGCUCUGGUUGCUUUGGAACACAGGUUUCGGUUUGUGUCUUCUAUCCACAUGUGUACUGUGUGUAAAAUUAAAAUAAUUCUGUACACAUUUA